GAUUUCCCCGCAAGCCAGCGCUGCCUGGCGGGCGGCCCGGCACAACGGCCUGUGCCUUUGUGUCGGCCGGCGGAACAGGAGGGGCGCCGAGCUGGCCUUGGGUGUGCCGUGUACUGCAGGGCUGCAGCGGAAACGGACGGCGAUCAUGGCUAUGCUACCUAGGGCAGCACUGGUGGAGCUCCACCAAAGUCUUCUGAAACUGGAACGACAAGAAGAGGAGCAGCGACAGGAGCAGCUAAGCAAAGACUGCGAGCCAAUGCUAGAGCUGGUGGUGGACAGUACAAAAGAACAACUCGACGUGUAUAUCAUGUCCGUGCGUCACAGGUCACACGAGCAGCUGCCAAAGCACUGCAUAGAACAGGGCAGCAGGGUAGCGGUAUCUCCAUCUCUGAGCGUUAUCAUAGACGAGUGUGUCGCCUCUUCAUUUGCAGUGGUUUCUAAGGUGACAUCUCAUACUCUUACACUGACGUUUGCGUACGACCCACCCUUGUACUCUGGUCAGAUGGUAAACGUAAUGCUGAAUGAAAUUUCCCAACACACCCAGCUGGAAGACGCGAUGUCUUGGGUAAAGAAUAUUGACACGACAAGUUCUACCCAUCCCGCAGCUCCUGUGGUGCGGAUUUUGUUUAACGAGGAUGAAGGACCAGCUCGUGGACAAGGACUAGGCAAUGGUGUCGACACAGUGUCGUUACAGCCACGUUUCAUCAACCAGAACUUGGACGCGUCCCAGCGGCAGGCAGUGGGUCUGGCUCUGCGAGAUCGACCGCUGACGGUCAUCCACGGUCCUCCCGGUACUGGCAAAACCACAACGAUCGUGGAGGUGAUUCUCCAGCACGUCGAACGAGGUCAACGCGUGCUGGUCUGCGCACCCUCCAACAAGGCCGUGGACAACCUGCUGGAAGGUGUGUGGAAGCAAACGCGGAAGGCCCACUGGUCUCUGCGUAUGGCGGAGGUGACUCGGCUCGGGCACUUGGCGAGAAUGGAGGUAAAACACAGACGCUUUUCACAUACAGUAAAGCUCAAGAGACGCCUGAAAAGGAAAAGUGGCAAAGAAACACGGGAACAAGUUCAAGAAAGGAAAGCCGCAUUGGCUGACCUGCUCAGAGAAACCUCCGUGCUGAUGAGUACGCUGGCAUCCGUGCGCAGUGUAGACCUGGAACACUAUUUCGACCUGCUGGUGAUCGACGAGUGCGGCCAGGCGACAGAGCCCGCCUGCUGGCUAGCCAUCCCACUCGCCAAGCGAGUGCUGCUGGCUGGUGAUCCUCACCAGCUGCCGCCGACCAUCCUCAGCCAAGAGGCAGCCAGUGGUGGUCUGGCUGUCUCGCUGAUGGAGCGACAGAUGGGACUGCACGGUGAGGGCGUCGUCCACAUGCUGGACACCCAGUACCGCAUGCACGCGCUGAUUCAGGAGUGGUCCUCGAAGACUCUGUACGGCAGUAAGCUGAAGGCCUCGAAGAAAGUCGCCAGUCGUCAGCUGACGGACUUGCCCGGUGUGAGCAGUACGUCACGGACGCAGCAGACCCUCCUCCUUGUGGACUCGGCUGGAUGUGGUCUUAGGGAGGCACAGGAUGUGAAUACCAGCUCGCACAGCAACACUGGCGAAGCAGAACUGGUGGUUUGCCACGCGAGAUCCCUGAUCAGUGCGGGACUUCAGGCAGAGGACAUCGGCGUGAUCACCCCAUACAAGCAGCAGGUGAAGCUCAUCUCUGCCAGACUGCGCACAGCUGGAUUGAACGUGGAGGUGAACUCUGUGGACGGAUACCAGGGUCGUGAGAAGGAGGCCAUCCUGCUCUCUCUGGUGCGUUCCAACGCACGCGGUCAGGUGGGCUUCGUGGGCGACCGGCGGCGGCUGAACGUGGCAGUGACACGUGCGCGGCGGCACUUGUUUGUCGUAUGCGACACAUCCACCGUCUGGCAGAACAAGACGAUUCGCUCUUUUUUGGAGCACAUGGAUCGCAGCGGCGAGACACGCUCCGCGUACUGUGAACGAUGCCCUGGUGGGAAGAAGGGACGUGAAACCAGUGCGGCAUCUUCACCUCUUCCGUCAGUCCUCGCUGCGCCUCGACAACCAACAUCAGUCGGCAGUCGGCAGCCAACAUCGGUUGGCAGUGGGCAGCCGAAAUCAGCUGGAAGUAUGCUCAAACCGAGACCUCUGGAGGGCAAACGCGUGGAUGAGGCCUCGGUUGCAAGGCUGACUGAAAGCGUAGGCUCCAUGACCCUGAGAUACAGACGCACUGAACUCGUCCGUCAUUCAAACCAGUCGCCACUGCCUGCGGCCUGCGGUUCUUCAGCUACUGCAUCUGCUGUCCGUGGCUCUGUGUCCCUCGCCCCUAGCUAUGCGUCCGUGACCCGUGGCUCCAAGUCCGUCACGCAUGGUUCUGAGCCUGUCAUGCGUGGUCUGGAUUCCGCCACGCGUGGUUCUGAUGUCAGUGCCCGCGUCGGGCGUGGUUCUGUCUCGGUCACUCGUGGUUCGGCACUCAGCGUGUCGGCUACGCGUGGUUCCACAUAUGUGACACGUGGUUCUGAUGCCAGUGGACCAGCCAUUUGUAGAUGCACUGGAUGUGUGGCUACAGGUCGCCCCUCCGCAGUCAGAGUGUCUGACGCUCCAGGUCGCAACUACCCAAGAGAGCCUGUCGGUACUUCUACCGAUCUGCCGUGGUUCUGUCGCAUUCUGUGAUGCAACAACUGUCACUGGCUGCGCACUGCGCAAUGCCCACUUCUCUUUGCUGGAGUCUUUCACGGCGUUGUUCCCUUGAUCAAGGUUAUUACCUAUGUGAAUGCGAGGAACGCGAUGGCUACAAGUGGGAUUAUGUUACCGCCAUAGACUCAUUUGAGGGGAUGUCGUGACACUUUUCAAAGAACUGUAGCGUGCAGCGUGCGUGUGCACAAGCUAGUGCUAAAAUGUAAGUACCAAGCAGCCAAGCUACUUCUCUCAUUAUGCAUUCGUUACACAGAAACCUUUCUCUUAUUGAUUAUGCUGUACCAAGAGGGAAGAUUGCGAAACAGUACUUAAUUUAGACGACCUUAUGGGGAUGCUUUUGCGAUGAGAAUCAAGUUUCCACUGAUCAUUUUAGUAUUGAAAAAUAUACUAUAAAAAAUA